GGUUUGUGUGUGGAGGGGAAGUUUUGUCAGGCACUUGCCGCGCUUGGGGUGUUUGGGAAACCUCCUCUCUUCCAAGACAUUUUUUGUUGUUCGUUAACUAAAUUUUUUUGGAUUCGUUAAAGAUGCCGUCCAACAAGUCUUUCCGCGUCAAGCGCAUCAUCGGCAAGAAGCAGAAGCAGAACCGUCCUCUGCCUCAGUGGUUCCGCUUGAAGACUGAUACCAAGAUCAGAUACAACUCCAAGCGCCGUCACUGGCGUCGCAGCAAGCUCAACCUCUAAAUAUAUGCUUUUUAUCUUCUUUUGUGUGUUGCUACAUAUUUAAGAUUAAUAAAGUAUUUUGGGUUUGGGAGACAAUUUCAUAUAUAAACAAUUUUAAAUUGAUGGGAUCGUUGUUGCCUAGCGUAUAUUGUUUUAAAUGAAUAAACUUUUUUUGACGAAGGAA